AUGACGUACAGCGCAUUAGUCGCUCCUGUAUCCUGGCAAUCGCAAUGGCUGGUUUCAGCUGGUUUCGGACGACUUUUGCGCAGCUCUUGGAGUAAAAUCUCGCCGGCUUCGAGCUCCAAAACGAGUUACGUAAAUCUGGACGGCAAAACUGUCCUCAUGAUACGCUUCCUCACCGCUGCCAGCGUCGGAUACUCGCUCCAUAACGGCCACCAACGCAACAAGUCAGCAGCAAACAUGGGUUACUGCCCUCAGAAGGCGGAUGAAAAAUGGGAGGGACAUGCUCCCGCCAGGGUUACCAACCCACCACGCCACUCCCACCCCGAUCGUUUGCCCAACCUCUCCCACAGUUCCAGCGGCACCAACACCAGCGCAGAAGCUGGACAUGAAUAG